CCAGCCACACACGAUUUUCCACGUGUCGCGCUCCACUUUUCACUUUCGGGGCAGUCAGUCGGCGCCAUCACCUCGUCGCGCCUUUUUCUCAUUACAUCAUUCACAUCACACUGGUAAGAGAGGGAAGAGAGACACGCAGCCACGAUGCAGGGCUUCAACAUGGGCCGCUAUCGGCCACCGGACGCGGACCCGCGCGCGCAGUCGUUCAACAGCCUGACGGGGACGAACCCCUACGGCAAGCGCGGGCGGAAGCUCGACGCAGGCAUCCUCGUCGUGCGCUUCGAGCUGCCAUUCAACAUCUGGUGCGGCCACUGCCAGACACACAUCGGCCAGGGCGUGCGCUUCAAUGCGGAAAAGACGAAAGUGGGCAACUACUAUAGCACGCCCAUCUUUCGGUUCCGCUGCAAGACGACGUGCUGCCAGCACCACUUUGAGAUCGAGACGGACCCCAAGCAUGCGCGCUACGUCGUCGUCUCGGGCGCCAAGGCGCAGGCGCAGCCCGGCGACGAGGGCAGCAGCGGCGGCGGCGGCGAGGACGGCCUGCUGGUGCUGGAUGACGGGACGGGCGACCGGGGUGCCGGCUCGUCGCUGAGCAGCAAGCAAAAGACCGCCGAAGAGGCCGACCCCUUCGCGAAGCUGGAGCAGGAGACGACGGAACGGCGCCUCGUGGCCGCACGCGCCGCACGGCUGGAAGCCCUCGAAGAAAAGAGCCGGCGCGCAUGGGCAGACCCGUACGAGCGCAACCGGCGCCUGCGCGACGGCUUCCGC